AUGAGCCAUGAAAGAGUCACCUAUGUAGAACUGAAUGUGUCGAAGGAUUCAAGGAACCAGAAAAGGCAACCAAGGGGCACCCGCAGCUCCAUCUCAGUAACUGAGCAGGAAAUCACCUAUGUGGAACUGAGCUUUCAGAAUACUUCUCCAGAGCAUCCCUCGGUCUGCAUGGACUGUUGCUGCAAAGGUUUUCCAUCUCCUCCGGAAAAACUCAUCACUGUGAUCCUGGGCAUCGUCGGCUUUGCCUUAAUGGUCGCUGUGGUUUUAAUUACUACAGUUGCCAAACCCUAUACUGAACCAAAGGAGCAGAUCCAAUCUUCCCUGAACAAAAGUCCAAAAGCACAGCCUUGUAGUUCUUGUCCAAAGGAGUGGAUGUCGUUUUCCCACAGUUGUUAUUACAUUAGUGGGGAGAAAAAAAAUUGGACUGACAGUUUGGUGUCCUGCAACGCCAAAAACUCUAGUCUGCUUUACAUAGAUAGUGAAGAGGAACAGGAAUUUCUGAUAUCCUUCUCACUGUUUGCAUGGACUAGUGUCUUUCGGGAGAGUAGAGAUCACCUCUGGGUUUGGAAAAAAGACUCAACUUUCAAACAAGAGAUAAGAGAAGUUUCCCACAUUGAACAAAACUGUGUCGUGCUGUCAUCCUCUGGCCUCACAGCAGAUAAGUGUACAGAUUUACAUACAUAUCUUUGUAAGCAUAAGCUCAUCAACUAA